UCGAUCUGAACCGACCCAUUUGUAUACUCGAAUUUGUUUACGGUUUUCUCCUUUUCUAAGUUUCGAAUCUAUUUACAGUGGCGAAGGAGAAGAGCCAGGCACUCGCAAUCUGCAGCGCCCAUAUCUUCCUAACCUUUUCAGAAAAUGGGUUUGUGGACUAUAUUGGAAGGGUUUUUGCUUCUUGCAAAUGCUUUGGCAAUAUUAAAUGAGGAUCGUUUUCUUGCUCCGAGAGGAUGGAGUUUCUCGGAAUUCUCUGCGGGGCGGACAAAGUCAUUUAAAGGGCAGCUUAUUGGUCUCAUUUACGCCACUCAAUACAUGAGAGUUCCUCUCAUACUACUUAAUGCAAUCUGCAUCUUUGUUAAGCUAGUUUCUGGUUGAUGAUGUUCUAGGUAAGAUGCUUAUGUCUAUGAUUGAUGCUUGGUUGAAUCUUGUAUUGGGGUCUCUACCUUAGCCCCCAUGUUUCUUUGUAGCAAGAGCAUGCUUAUUAGUGGGGGAUACCCAUUUUUGUCAGUUUUGUUUUCUGAUUUUGCACAAUUUGACUUGGAUAUAAAACAGGGCCAUUGUUAGGUGAGGAUGAAACAGAAGCACCUUGUUAAUAAUCUCUCAAGCUUUUAAUUGGUUAAUAGUGAAAGUUAAGUCGUAGAUUAAUUUAUCAUAUUAAUGUGGGAAAUUCAAAUAAGAUUUUAGCAAUGCAAGUUCUAUCUGUAUUACAUGAUCAAAAUGUAGCAGGCCAGAGCAGGAAUGGCAGAUCCUGCCUUUCAAACCUUUUUCCUGUUCUAAUAAAUUGAGUUCAUUUUAUGGACAUAUAAAUUAAGUAAUUACAUCGAUCAUUCGAAUUGGCUAUCUAUCAUACAGAGAGAAGCGGCUUAUGGUGGGGAUAACUAUAUUUGUAUCUUCAUGCUUUUCAUUCUUUUGUUUUGUAUAAGUUAUCUUCGUGCUUUUCUGUUGCUUCAUAUUUGAUUGUUUUUUUUUCAUUCAAUUGUGAAUUAUUCUCUUCCCUUUCUGAUCUUAAGCAUGCCAUAGAUUUCACCUUUUUGAGGAAUGCUAGACAUGUUCAUCUUGCUAUGAAUUUAAUUGUUGUAGCCGUUCCCGAUAUUUGUAGAAUGUGAUUCCAUCCGUUCAUUAUUUGCAGAAGUUUGUGAAGGACAGGCAGUCAGAUAAAAAAUUAGGUGAUAUAUCUGUUUUGCUCUAUUUCAAAAGUUGGUUGAUAUAUCUGUUUUUUCUUAUAAGUUUUUUUUCCUCAUUUUUAAAUUCGAAUUUGAGGUUUUGUGAUGGGAUUUUGUUGCCUGGAAUUGUGAUAACUGGGAUAGGUCUAGCAUUUGAUUAUUUGGAGACUUUGCACUGUCAUUUUGAAAUAUACAAUUUACUGUGGCUGGAAUUUCUAUUAUGUUGGCA